GUUCUUUGGACGUUUCCCCAUCCAGAAAAAAAAAUCUUCUCAGUUACAGGAUCCAUCCUUAGGUGUUAGAGGCAAACCCCUCUUCUAAUUCUCUCAGAGUCCUCCAUAGUUCUUUCUGCUCCUUUUUUCUCAUGACCACAAUGCUUGCAGCUAGCUCUGUAGUGAACAGCAACCUUCCUUGCUCAUCAAGGAUAUCCUCCUGCUCAGACUUCACAUCUGGCUACUCCUGGCGUCCUAUAGAGGCUGCAAAACUCUGCCGGACACGAGCUGUGCGCUCGCUGCAGAUAACCUGUACUGCCACAAAGCCUGCAAAGUCACCAGCUGAAGAAGAAUGGAAGAUCAAGAGGCAAGUGCUAGUAGAAAAGCGGGUCCGUAGUGUUGAUGUGAAGGAAGCACUGCGUCUUCAGAAGGAAAACAAUUUUGCAAUUCUUGAUGUCAGGCCAGUAGCGGACUUUAAAGAGGCUCAUCCACCUGGUGCCGUUAAUGUGCAAAUAUAUAGAUUGAUAAAGGAAUGGACAGCAUGGGAUAUUGCAAGACGGGCAGCAUUUGCAUUCUUUGGCAUAUUUUCUGGAACAGAAGAGAAUCCUGAGUUCAUACAAAGUGUUGAUGAGAAACUUGGUAAAGAUGCAAAGAUUAUUGUGGCAUGUUCGACAGGAGGAACAUUGAAACCAACACAGAACUUUCCUGAUGGGAAGCAAUCGAGGUCCCUGAUAGCAGCUUACUUGUUGGUCCUGAAUGGUUACAAGAAUGUGUUCCAUCUGGAUGGAGGACUCUACACAUGGUUCAAGGAAGGCCUACCGGCUGUUGAAGGAGAAGAAUAAGCAAUUAGGACAUAUUACUUGUAAUUAGUGCAUCAGUAUUCAUGAACAUGGAGGUGUGAUGAGUUGUAACGAGGCAUCUUCUCGGAUAAAUAGUGCACUAGUUUGAUCCUUUCUUCUUCCUUUCCCAAAAGGAUAUGCCUCCUUGGACCUCCUGCCUAUAUGAAGAUGUGUUAGAUUUCUCAUGACCUGCUGCUGUCGACUUGUCGGUGUAUGAUACUUGAGCAUGCCCAUUUGACAAAAUAGAUAAGUAUGUUAGAACAAGCAUCAAUUCUCUCGGAUCUUGGACUUGGAAUGCACUAUGAACUUUACAACA